UAAAACCACACGUGGUAAACACUUCCUUACUUCCUUCUCUAAGACAAACAAAAGCCACUGGUCAAAGUGUCAAACAGCCUAAAAGCAUAAUAAAAUAUUAGCUUUGUUUUUGGCAUGAGGUGUGAAAACCCGUCUGCCUACAGCCGGGCCAUUCAUGGUUCGCUCCGUGUACAAUACUCCACGUGUCUAUAUGUGUGUGUAUAUAUCAGCUCUCGUAAACAGAGACUUGUUAUUACUGAAACACCAGCAAAACUCAAGAACAUGAACAUAAUCCAGCACUUCUCUGAUCCAUGUCCGUUCACUUCCAACGAAAAGGCCGAGUCAUCUUCCUCGUCAGCAUCCGAUUGCGCCAGCUCAUCGCAUCGAACAUCUCACUCCAACGAAGAGUUUCUGUUAGCGACGAACCGUCCAAAGAAGCGAGCGGGAAGAAGAGUGUUCAAGGAGACACGUCAUCCGACAUUUCGAGGCGUACGGAGGAGGAACAACAAGAAGUGGGUGUGCGAACUGCGCGAGCCCAACAAGAAGUCCCGCUUAUGGCUCGGAACUUAUCCGUCCCCUGAAAUGGCCGCUCGAGCGCACGAUGUGGCUGCAUUGGCGCUCAGAGGGAAGAGUGCCUGCCUUAAUUUUGCUGACUCAGCUUGGAGAUUGCCUGUUCCGGCUACCAUGGACGGCAACGAUAUAAAACGGGCUGCGACUGAGGCCGCGGAGAUGUUUAGGCCUCAAGAAAUCGAAGAGAUUGAUGCUAGUGAUGAUGAAAAUGCGGAUGUUGUUGAGAAGGUUUCCAGUGAUGUAAUAUCUAGAGAGGAGAAAAGUGAGGAAAACGGUAUGUAUAUAGAUGAAGAGGACAUUUUGGACAUGCCUCGGUUGCUUGUGGAUAUGGCACAAGGUUUGCUAAUAUCUCCUCCUAGAAAUCUAGGGGAUGGUAGUAUGGAAUGGGACGAAGAAGGAGAUGUUGGCGUGUCAUUGUGGACGUUUUCUGUCUAAUUAGUUCUUAUUUUGCUUCGUUGAAGUCCAUAUAUAGUAUGUGAACAUUUUAGAGUUGUAUAUAGAUGAGUAAAGCAAGUAGAACAACUGAUGACGAACGCAUGCAAUUCAUGAUUUAUUGUAAUAUAUAUCACCAAGAGAUGAUUAUAUACAUGUGAAGUGGGAUAUUUUCCGCCACUAUUUAAAAUUUCAAA